AUGUCGUCCGAUAUUGCUUGGCAAAUCAUCCGCAACAACUCGUCUUUCUUGAAGACACGCAAAAAUGUCCCAAAGAAAUUUUCUACAGAAAAAUUCAAUUUGAUGUCGGUGAACUCUCAACGAUUCAAUGGACUUAUCAAUGAUAAAGCCAUCGAUAUUCAGAUCACUGGAGACGGAAAGUCGUUGAAAAUUUCGACCAAGAGCAAACAAGUGCAGAAGCCAGCAUCUAGCGUUCACACCACCACCGUUCGUGGAAACAAUCCACGAGCCGCUCUUCGCAAAGUCGCUCGCAUUGCCAAGGGAUACAAAAGUGUUGCUGGACAGCCAGCUCAACGUCGUGCUUCUCAGCUUCUCCGUUCGUUGAAGACGCACAAGUCGACAAAGAAGACAGGGAAAGCCGAG